CGGUCUUUUGUGUUCUUUCUUGUUCUAUUCUCUGUUUAUUUUGCUCAUUAUUUCUUCAAAGGUGAUAAGAUUAUUUACCUAGCAGUGGAUGAACCGUUUCUAACGGAAAAUUGUAGCUUAGCUUUCGGCUUUUGUUCGGUUUCGAAUGUUAAGAUGUUGUGCGAAGCAAAACAUAACGCGAUUGUUCAGUGGUUCAACUCUCUCACCUCCCCGAGCAACAACAUUUCUUCAUUAUCUCAACUGAAAGAUGGAUCUAUUCUUCAAAAUCAUAUUAAUGAAGGAACUCAGGAGUCCCAGGAGAGGGCCGUAACCUCCAAUGAUAAAAAAUAUAAUUUUUUCAAAGAGGAGGACUCGAGAGCGAUUUUCGAAAUCGUGAAGAAGCAUAUCAAUGAGACCCUGCGUGUGUCGAGCGAGGAGCUGAUCGACUACGAGGGCUGCCUGAGGGGGUCGGAGGUGGAGCUGGCCAAGGUGGCCGCCUUCGUGCUCUGCAUCACGGUCACCCUGCUGCUGGAGAAGCCCCUCGGCAACCCCCGCCUCUCUCUCCUCUCCCAGCUGGACGACGCCAUCCAGGUGGAGAUCCGGGAGUGCAUGGACUGCAUCAUGGUCUACCCCUCCUCGGACCUCAGGAGGGCGGACCUGGUCCGGGUCCUCGGACGGUCCACCCUCAUCAAAGAGAAAUUAAUCAGGGUGUCCAACAGCCCUGCCAAGUUGAUGGCGACUCCCAGAAAAAGAGGCAGGCCCAAGAAAUUCGCCGACUUCGAGACCUCCCUCUGCUCUACUCCCCCCAAUUCUGACGAGGGGCCUAAAAUUCUGUUGCAGAUGAUGGACUCUCCCAAAGUGAAAAUCUGGUCCAACAUGGCCGUGAAAGAGAGAGAAAUCCUGAUUUUACGUCGAGAAUUGGAGCUCGCUGACAAUAAAAUCAUCGAUCAGAGAGUCAUGAUCGAGCAAUUGAGGAAUGACCUGGAUAAAAGAGGUGAGGAAUUCCAGCAGUUGAAAGAGAAGGUCAGGGAACUUCAAGAGGAAGCGGACGCUCGAGACCAGUCGAUGGACGCUCGAAGCGAAGCGUUGGAAGCCACUGUCAGCUCCGCCAAUCAGUCUCGAGCGAAAUUAAUGGCGACGAUCUCGGCCUACGAGAUUGAGAUUGCCAGCUUGAAAACCGAAGUGGACAUACAUAAGAAUAAUUCUGAGGAUUUGAUAUCAAAG